CAGUACAGACUACGAUCGCACCCUGAUGAGUGCUGAGGCCAACCUCGCAGGUCUCUACCCCCCCACUGGCCAGCAGAUCUUUGAACCAAUCUUAAAGUGGCAGCCGAUACCUGUGCACACCGUUCCGCAAAGUGAAGAGAGGCUCCUCUCUUAUCCUCUGGGUGACUGUCCUCGCUACAAACAGCUGAUGAAUGAAUCUAAACAUACAGAGGAAUAUCUUAAAGUCAAGGCCAAAUACCAGGACACCAUAGAGCUGCUGAGGAUUAAAACAGGCCUGAAUGAGACCAAUGUGGACUCAGCCUGGAGCGUGUACGACAUACUCUUCUGUGAGUCCCGCCACAACAUGUCAGCUCCUGACUGGGUGACUCCUGAUGUUAUGGAGAAGCUCCGAGUUCUCAAAGACUUUGGAUUUCAGGUCACAUUCGGGGUCUACAAACAGCAAGAAAAGAGCCGGCUGCAGGGAGGAAUCCUUUUGGGUGAAAAUAGUAAAGAAUCUUCCAAGAUGGCCGCUCCCAGGCCCGAAACAGAGACUGAAAUUGAUGAUGCUGUCAUCGCAUGACACCACCGUAGCUGCUCUCCAGGCCAGUAUGAAUGUGUUCAAUGGAAAACAGCCGCCGUAUGCCUCCUGCCAAAUAUUUGAACUGUACCAGGAUGAAAACGGCUCUGCUUCGGUGUCGCUGUUUUACCGGAAUGACAG